UGAUUAUGUAUAAAACAUGUGUGUCUCUGCCAGUAUAACAGGACAAAUACUACGUCCAUAAUACAUGUACAUAUUAUUAUUAAGCUAGGAAAAGACCAUUGUUUGUUGUGUGCAUUACGUAAUGGCGUGAAUUAAUCCCCAGACUUAGUUUGCGGGUCGUAAUGCGCAGUUGACCGGCCCGUGACGAUUCCCGCGGGAAGUGCUUGGUGUACGCGACUCCAUAGCGACGGCUUAACGCAGACAUCAGGCGGUUCGCGCCAACACCAUACAUCGAACUGCGCCUCGUCCCGCGUCGUACGGAAAUAUUACCAGUGGCAAACAUCAUGGCUGAUCAACUAAACGAGGAGCAAAUUGGAGAAUUCAAGGAGGCGUUCAGUCUGUUUGACAAGGAUGGUGAUGGAUCUAUCACAACAAAAGAGUUGGGAACUGUGAUGAGGUCACUAGGUCAAAAUCCAACAGAAGCCGAAUUACAAGACAUGAUCAACGAAGUAGAUGCAGAUGGAAACGGGACGAUAGACUUUUCUGAAUUCUUGACGAUGAUGGCAAAGAAAAUGAAAGAUACAGAUUCAGAAGAAGAACUCAGAGAAGCCUUUAAAGUUUUUGAUAAGGAUGGCAACGGUUUCAUAAGUGCGGCUGAAUUGAGGCAUGUGAUGACAAAUUUGGGGGAGAAAUUAACCGAUGAAGAGGUAGACGAAAUGAUCAGGGAAGCAGAUAUUGAUGGUGAUGGACAAGUUAACUAUGACGAGUUUGUAAUAAUGAUCAAAUCAGCUCCGAUGUCCGCAGGCGCCGUCUGAUCUAUGAUAGGGGGGAGUCGGUCAACUCUUCUGUUUUUAGGGAAUUUGUGAAGAUGAUGAAUGCAAAAUGACCCAAGAGUUCGUCACUUUUCCAUUACCUUACAACUGAUUUUCAAACAUUUUGUGCGCUACGCGAUUUUCUGCGUGUUCUGAAACAUCAGCUUCGUGUAAUAUGAUUUGUUGAUGUUCAAGUUAUAUUCAUGUGAUAUAUCACAUGGUACUGAAACUUUUUUUUUUCGAAUUGUGACGUCCUUAGAUACGGCUAUACUGCUUUGUCAUGUGACAAAUUUCAUCAUUCAACAUGUCUACAAAGUGUGCAGACAAGACUUAUGUACAAUAGCAUUCAUCUCAAGGUGGAAUUAAAAUGUGUUGGUGAAAUGUAUGAAAACGUAUUAUCUUAAAUGCUAUGAGAAUCUUUUUUUAAAAUAUAUAAAGUUAGAUUUAGAACGUUUUAAAGACUCUAAAA